AAAUUUGAUUGGUAUAACUAUAAAUAGGCAACUUUGUGUGUCACAUUAAAAAGCCCCUACUUUUCAUUUUCACCUAAACUAAUAAACCCCAAAACCCCUCCGCCCAAAAUGAGCGGAGCUCUAAUGAGGAACGCCGCCACAAUCCCACGCCAUCUCUUCAAGAAGUAUUCAAUCACAGAUAUCUUUCUUCUGCCCGACCCCAUACGAGCACCCCCACUCACUUUCGCAACAACCCAACAAUCUUCUAGACCUUUCCUUCGUUUUCCUCACUUUUUAAAGAAAGCCAAGGAGUUUGAACUCUCUCCUUCUUCAUUUUCCUCCGCUUUCUCUUCCUCUUCCUCUUCUUCUUCUUCUUCCUCUGCCGCUGCCAAGGAGGUUGGGAUUAUCAGUUGGUAUCUGGGCAUGGUUAAAUGUCGCCCUAUUCUAACAAAAAGUGUUACUUCUUCGCUUAUUUACAUCGCUGCUGAUUUGUCUUCUCAGACUAUAGCUAACAAAUCUUUGGACUCUUACGACUUCUUGAGGACUUUACGUAUGGCUGGAUAUGGACUGCUAGUUUUAGGACCUUCACUGCAUUUUUGGUUCAACUUUGUGUCAAAACUUUACCCAAAACGUGAUCUAUUAUCUACAUUGAAGAAAAUGGCUAUGGGACAGGGAAUAUAUGGACCUACGAUGACUGUGAUUUUCUUCUCCCUUAAUGCUCGUUUACAAGGCGAAACUGGCUCAGAGAUUGUUUCACGGUUAAAAAGAGACUUAAUCCCUACAUUGUUAAAUGGAGUUAUGUACUGGCCCAUGUGUGAUUUCAUCACUUUCAGAUUCAUUCCUGUCCAUCUUCAGCCAUUAGUGAGCAAUUCAUUUUCGUAUCUAUGGACUGUUUAUAUGACAUACAUGGCGGGCCGCGAGAAAGCAACUGUAACCACAGUUACAGCUGAUUGACCAAACAGACCACUCGCGUCCAAGCUUUUAACUUGAUUCUCAAAAGAAGGAAGCUUGCUCUUUCUUCUUCUACAAAACCAGUAAGGAUGAUGAUGUGAAUCAGAGAGCGACCUAUAUGCCUCUUCAAUUGAAGAAUUGAUUAAAAUGAAUCAUUUGUAGCUUAGUUUUGUUUACACUAGACUAAUCCCAACAGGGUUAUGUAAAGCAUUGGGUUCAAUUGUUUGAAGCCUUUUAAAAGAGUACUUUCACAAGCAUUUAUAUUGUUUAUUUAUUUAUUAAUUUUUCAGGCAUUUUCCUGAUUAGUUUCUUUUUAUUGUAUUUUCAAGUUUUUUCCAAUGCUAAUUUGGACAGGCAUUGUUUAUGUGAGUUUUGUUGGAAACUAACAUUUGUAUUUUCUUUCAAUAUAGUAUAUGAUAAUAAUCUUCUUUAUUGUACGGAACGAAAAA